GUAAAGGCGAGAAUUGUGUCGCUGUGUUUAAUUAUAUGGGUUCGAAGUUUUUUUGUGCACUUCUCGUUUAUUCUUAAAAUAACAUCUCUGUUGAGAAGUCUAGAGUGAUAAAUUGUGUUUGGAUAAGAAUAAGGUUUAAUAAUGACAUCGGUGGCUGAAAAAGAUGUGACGUCAAAACGAGGGAGAAUCAAGUACAGGCCGGAACAGGUGGAGAUUUUGGAGGGUAUAUUUCUAGCGGACCACUACCCGGACGGCGAGCAACAAGAGCGACUGGCUGCUGAACUGGGUGUCACCCUGGAGAGAAUUUCGAUCUGGUUCCAGAAUCGUCGCUCCAAAUUUAAGCGUCAGCGUCAAUCAGACCACGUGGCCUGGAUGCGCGCACAGAUAUUCCAGAACGAGGCGGGAAAUCCAAACAAGUACACAUUUGGAACUCCCGUACUUCCGCCUCUGACAUCAGCAUGUCACGUGUUGAGCCCCCUCGAGUCCCAGAUGACACGUGGUGACAACGGCUUACCUUUCUCCCAAUUACCGGAGCAGCAAACCCCGACCCCCAACAUAACAUCUAAAAAGCGUGUUUACAUAUCCAAUGACAGCAAAGCGGGAAAUGAGCCUACACUAGAGACACCGAAACGCCGCAAAAUACAGCACACAAUAAAUCACCAGGCCAACUACACCCCUCAACAAGACUCAACAGUUCAUCACAGUGUAUCACCGGUGUUUUGGUUGCCCCGUAUUCAGACAAUCCACACACGUGCUCAACCAUUUCAACCGUUCAUCUCAUCACCUAUGAUGUACAGUGGUUUCUAUGGAAACACACACGUUCACACACCAACUAACUUUCCUCAUCAUCAGUGUAAAAUAGAGACUGAUGUUUCAUGUGCUGAUGGGCCAGUUGUUUUGAACAUUCCCGGGAACCAUCCGCAGGACGUCAUAGGGCACUUUGAACUGAACCGUUCACUGUCAUUGAACUGUGAUAACCACCAACACUCUCAUAAAGAUGUUCCAAGAAUGUCGCUACCGGUUACCAUGCCAACGACUCCAACCAACGCAGCACCGACUCAUACAAUACAACAACCAACAGAAUUUCACGAUCACCUGUCGACGAUGAGUGACAUCACUUCCUGUCAUCUUUACGAUCACCAUUCCAACGCGGAGAAUCAUCUAUCAAGGUCAAGGCCAUCAGCAGACGACAAGGAGAAUCGGGUCAUUGGUUCCCAGCUGAAUUUGUCUCCAAGUUACUGUGACCCAGCUACAGAUAAGGAAAGAACUCUGGAACUCCUCGGACAUUGGUGUGAUUAA